ACAUUUGAGUGCACACGAGUGACGAGGCGGUCAGAUCGAGCGGGCUAUAAGGUGUGGUGUCCCUGCCCUGUGGUGGUAUUAGGGCAGCAGACGGGCAUUCGAACACACACGCAGGACACUUUGCCGUGAUGUUUGCGUUAAUGACGCUGGCGGUGGCGGUGGCUCAGUGCUGUGCUGCUGGUGUACACGCGGGGGAAAUGGAUCAUGCUAUUCACGUCAGGAGUUCGGUCCACAACACAUCGAAGAUUGCAAAUGACGGGAUACUUCGGGUGCCCUCCCAGGAGUGUGGUUACAUCCUGUGCAACGCGUCUGCAGUCUUCGACAACCUCACCAACGACAUACACUACUGGGACUACUAUGUGGAGUGGGAGAUGCCCAAAGAAGCUAAGGCAGAUGAAGCAAUAUUCCAGAUGGGCAGAGACUACCAGCUCCCUCAUUCCUACCUUGUGUUCCGGCACUUCAGGUCCAACUUGACGGGGAUGUACAAGUGCCGCCUCCUCUUCCGACAAGCUCAAGUUGGCUCACACAUCGUCCAUCUUUCUCUGGAUGAAUCCACCCACUCCUCCCGCAUCUGCCCCCACUAGCCCACACCUUCACCUCCUUCGAGGAGGGAAGAAACAAUGGGCUGGAAAAAUGGUGAAUGUCACUGCCAACUCAAAGCAUUCUACUGUGAUGAACCGAUCCUUUUUGUGUUGCGAGUGAAGAUUUAUUUAUUUAGUAAAAAUAAAGUACAAAAAGAUGACAAAAACAUGAA